AUGAAUAUUCUGAGGCUCGGAGAAGUUAGGUCACAAAAACUAGUAAGUGGCAGUUGGGUUUAGCUGUACAUGGAAAGCUGGUGCCCUUUCCUCUGGGGACUUGUGAGGUGCCAUGGGGGAUGGUGCACAUUGUGGGUGGUCAUCACACAGUGACCGGCUCCUCCUUCAAGCUCCAGAAGGACCCCUCCUGGCCUGUCUUCGGGGCAGUGGCAAAUGGGCAGACGGAGAAGUGGCCCCAGGAGGAGGAGCACUUCAGUCCCAGCAGGAAUAUAUCAUUCGGGUGCAAAGAGGAAUUUCUGUAGAAAACAGCUGGCAGAUUGUUAGGAGAUACAGUGACUUUGAUUUGCUGAACAACAGCUUGCAGAUUGCAGGCCUGAGUCUACCUCUUCCUCCCAAGAAACUGAUUGGUAACAUGGAUCGUGAAUUCAUAGCCGAGAGGCAGAAAGGUCUUCAGAACUAUCUCAAUGUUAUUACCACAAAUCACAUCUUGUCUAACUGCGAGCUGGUUAAGAAGUUUUUAGAUCCCAACAACUAUUCCGCAAACUACACUGAGAUUGCCUUACAACAGGUUUCCAUGUUCUUCCGGUCAGAACCAAAGUGGGAGGUGGUAGAACCGUUGAAAGACAUAGGUGAGAAACUGGCAUGCCCAUUCUGUUUAAAAAGACACAUCCCAGAACUGGAUUCUUUGUCAUGCUUUCCUGAAUGUAUCCCAGGAGAGCUCUUAAAUGCAGGUUGGAGGAUAAGAAAGAAAUAUUUCUUGAUGAAGAUUAAAAAUCAGCCAAAGGAACGGCUAGUAUUAAGCUGGGCUGACCUUGGCCCCGACAAGUAUCUGUCAGAUAAAGAUUUUCAGUGUCUAAUCAAACUUCUGCCUUCCUGUUUGCACCCUUAUAUCUAUCGGGUCACCUUUGCCACAGCGAACGAAUCCUCGGCAUUGCUUAUUAGGAUGUUUAAUGAAAAAGGAACUUUGAAGGACCUGAUCUACAAGUCAAAACCAAAAGACCCAUUCCUAAAAAAGUACUGCAACCCUAAGAAGAUUCAAGGCCUUGAACUCCAACAAAUAAAAACAUAUGGGCGGCAAAUAUUAGAGGUACUAAAGUUUCUACAUGACAAAGGAUUCCCUUAUGGGCAUCUUCACGCCUCCAAUGUGAUGCUAGAUGGGGACACUUGCCGGCUGCUAGAUCUUGAGAAUUCCUUACUGGGCCUUCCUUCCUUCUACAGAUCUUAUUUCUCACAAUUCAGAAAAAUCAAUACAUUAGAAAGCGUGGAUGUCCACUGCUUUGGCCACUUGCUGUAUGAAAUGACCUACGGACGACCUCCAGACUCAGUGCCCGUAGACUCCUUCCCUCCUGCCCCAUCUAUGGCUGUGGUGGCCGUGUUGGAGUCUACGCUGUCUUGUGAAGCCUGUAAAAAUGGCAUGCCUACCGUCUCCCGGCUCUUACAGAUGCCAUUAUUCAGUGAUGUUUUACUAACCACUUCUGAAAAGCCACAGUUUAAGAUCCCCACGAAGUUAAAAGAGGCACUGAGAAUUGCCAAAGAAUGUAUAGAAAAGAGACUAAUUGAAGAACAGAAACAGAUUCACCAGCAUCGAAGACUGACAAGAGCUCAGUCUCACCAUGGAUCUGAAGAAGAAAGAAAAAAGAGAAAGAUUUUAGCUCGAAAGAAGUCAAAACGAUCUGCUAUUGAAAAUAGUGAAGAACAUUCAGCAAAAUAUAGCAACUCCAAUAAUUCAGCAGGAUCUGGGGCCAGCUCACCUCUCACAUCCCCGUCAUCGCCAACUCCACCUUCCACAGCAGGGACUUCCACAUUACCUCCACCUCCUCCACCUCCGCCUCCACCACCAGCAGCUCCCUUGCCUCCUUCGGGCACAGAGGUGGCCACACAGCUCCAGACCCAGGCUGUGAAUGGCGUGAGCCGAGGGGCCUUACUCAGCUCCAUCCAGAAUUUCCAAAAAGGAACUUUGAGGAAAGCCGAAACCUGUGAUCACAGUGCUCCUAAGAUUGGUUAAAGCUUCGUGUUUACACUUGGAGGGAAAAGUUCUUUUCUGUUUUCUGUGCUCCUCCAACCACUAAAGUCUCUUCCUAGAUGAACAGUUGCUGAGCCAGUACAGCCACACCCUCUUGCAGAUGCUCAUGCAAGGGCUUUUCAAGAGGGAGAUAUCUUCAAGGAGAUUGAAAUCAGGCUGGCGUUGCUGCCUUAAAAAAUAUUUUGCUCCUUUAUCACUAUUUCAAAGGAGUUGUUCAUCCUCUAAUGGGCAUCUUUGGGGGGCAGCUGCAUAUCGGGAUCGAUAGUUCUACCAACUGAAGAAAAUGGACAAAAACAAAAACAAUAAGAUUCAGUCACAGCCAUGAAUGGCCUUUGUGUUGCAAUCCUUCCAUGUCAUCAGAAAGCUCCUAGAAACAUUCCUCUCAUAGUUUAUUUCUUAGAGCAUUUUCUGGUUAUUUCUUAGAUCCUAACUCCCAUUUCUGCUACGUUAAUUUCAUCUGCGGCAUUAACACUGCAGCCCAAAGUGUAGUUGUAUCGCUGAGUCAGAGAAGCAACUCGUAACAUUCUCUAAGGGGAAUACUGUUGUGGUUUCGAAACUCGGGACUGCUGAAGCACUACUCUAGACUCAUAGUUCCUUAUAGUUAGAAUGCAUUGAACAGACAAAAAUAACAUCAGAGAAUACUCUUGCCAAUUAGAGGAUCUUACUCCUCAGCAAUUAAGUUUGUAUUUUGUGGGGAAUUAUUGUUACAACACAAGUGAAUCUGGCAUUUAUAGGAUUCUGAUUUUUUUUAAAGAUUUAUUCAAAUACAUCAUCUUUAAGUGUUACUCAUUUAUUAGAAAAAUCCUUUAUCCUAUGAUUUGCUUAAAUCCUUAAACUGCACUUUAAAGGAUUAUAAGUAAUCCAUUUAAAAUUCAAAUACACACAUCAGUGUUGGUUACUAUGCAGAGAAUGUCACUGUCUAUAGUUUCAUGUAAUCUGUGAUAAAUAUGUU